UAUGUAUUUGGAAAGAUGCUUUUUAGCCCAUAUUCUCUUGACGUACGUGACUGUCGUCUUUUAUUGCUGUGUUUUCGGAGAAGCUGUAGCUGGAGGGCGAAGCUCUGUGCCGACAAAUUCAGCUGCGGUGCAACAGGCCGCUCUGUUCGCUGUGGUAGAAUAUAACAAAGUCUAUUCCAAGCAGAUGACUGCUUUCAAGAUCAGUAGUAUUAUUUCUGCCGAAAGUCAGGUAGUGGCAGGAUUUAAGUACUUUCUUAAGGUGAAGCUCGGACUGACACGAUGCUCCAAAAACACAACUGGUGCAGCUCUUCAAUCCUGUCCUCUAAAAGCCCAUGGCAUGGUUCUCCUUUGUAACUUUGUGGUGAUAGAAAUCCCAUGGGAAUCUGUUGAGCUGCUUGUGGUGAAUGGAUGUACAAAAUUAUCAGGAUGAACAGUGGUAGAUGGCAUCUUGCUGCUGCUUUUGUUGAAGACCAAAUGCAUCUGUUGGAAGUGUACAUAAUAAA